ACAGGUGCAGAUGUAGUCAAACCUCAGAUUGACAAACAUUUGAGUGGGGGGUGGAGCCUGCAGGUGGUGAUGUCAAAGCGAGGAGCAGGAGGGCGGAGUAAGGGGGAGCGACUGGACACCAUGGCAACUCUUCAAGCAGCCAAUGAGGAGCUCCGAGCGAAACUGACAGAGAUCCAGAUCGAACUACAACAGGAAAAGAACAAGGUGAGCCGACUGGAGAGGGAGAAAGGUCAGGAGCUGAAGGCGGAGCAUCACCGGGCGGCGGUUGCUGUGACUGAGCUGAAGACCAAACUCCACGAGGAGAAGCAGAAGGAGCUUGCACUCACCCGGGAGACGUUACUACGGCAACAUGAGAUGGAGCUCAUGAGGGUCAUAAAGAUCAAAGAUGGUGAAAUCCAACGUCUUAAUGGACUGGUGCUCACCUUAAGGGACGGAUCCACAGACAAGUGUCGCUUCCAACACGAGAUUCUUGAGCUGAGAGGAGCAAAGAGGAACGCUGAGGAGGCGCUGACAUCGGCUCAGCAGGCCUGCCAGGCCAGAGCGGCCGAGCUGCGAUCAGCUCAUCAUCAGCACCAAGAGGAGCUUAACAGGACCAAGAGAGACUGUGAGAGAGAGAUUCGCCGCCUGAUGGAUGAGAUAAAGCUGAAGGACAGAGCUGUCAGUGUUUUGGACAAAGCCCUCGGUCUGCAGGCUGGACACGCCCACCGCCUCCAGCUGCAGACUCAGGCUGCUGAACAGCAAAUUGCAGCCCUGAGAGAUGCACAGAGGGCGGGGCUAAACCACCCCACUCUUAACCCCAACCCCAACAACGCUCCUCACAUUUCUCAGGAGGAUCGUGACACUCGGAGGUUUCAGCUGAAGAUAGCUGAGCUCAGCGCCGUCGUCAGGAAUUGGUCUGGGUCUGCGUCCAUUUACCAUGUGGAGUUUGAGGUGGAUCUAGAUUUGAAGCGCCUGAGAGAGGCCGAGAGUCAGUUUCUUCCUCUUCUGGACAAGAACAAGCGUCUGAGCCGCAAAAACGAAGAGCUGGCUCUAGCGCUGCGUCGACUCGAUAACAAGCUUCGCUUCGUCACCCAGGAGAAUCUGGAGAUGGUAACUAUGAGGAGGCCGAGUUCAUUAAAUGAUCUGGACCGCAGCCACUCCACCAGUUACCAUGGUUACAGUCAGGACGAGAGAGAGAUGGAGUUUCUGCGGCUACAAGUCCUGGAGCAGCAACACAUCAUUGAUGACCUGUCCAAGGCUCUGGAGACAGCUGGUUAUGUGAAGAAUGUGAUUGAGAGAGACAUGUUACUGAGGUACCGCCGUCAGGAAUCGGUGAGGAGGAAACGGACCUUCAGAGCCUGCAGGGUCAUUGAGACGUUUUAUGGCUAUGAUGAAGAGGCGUCUGUGGAUUCUGAUGGCUCGUCUUUGUCCUUUCACACUGACAGAACUCCAGAUACUGAACCAGACGAGUUCGCUCUGUCUGUGUCUCAGGACCUGAAGUGGGUGGAGGAGAAGCAGGCGCUGUAUCGGAGGAAUCAGGAACUGGUGGAGAAGGUCAGGCAGAUGGAAGGUGAAGAGCUGCGACUGAGAAUCGACAUCCAGGAUGCCAAAGACCAGAACGAGCUGCUGGAGUUCAGGAUCCUGGAGUUAGAGGAGAGGGAGCGGCGCUCACCCGCCAUCAACUUCCAACAGCUCCAUUUCCCAGAAGGCCUCAGUCCUCUACAGGUUUACUGUGAGGCAGAGGGAGUCACUGACAUCGUGAUGAGUGAGCUGAUGAAGAAGCUGGACAUUCUGGGAGAUAACGCCAAUCUGUCCAAUGAAGAGCAGGUGGUGGUGAUACAUGCCCGGACGGUGCUCACUCUAGCAGAAAAGGUGAGCGUCCCACCUGCUGAGGUUUCUGCUCUCUGACAGGAUGCAGAUAAAGAGCUGUUCAGUAAGCAGAAAGGUUACUUGGAUGAAGAGCUGGACUACAGGAAGCAGUCGAUGGAUCAGGCCCAUAAGAGGAUCCUGGAGCUGGAGGCCAUGUUGUUUGAGGCUCUGCAGCAGGAAGAGGAAUCCAGGAUAGAGGGAUUAAAGAUGGAGGGUCGACUGUCUGAGAGUCUGACAGAGGGAGAGCGAGAGGAGCUGAGGAGAGCCAUGGACCAGUGGAAACGAACUGUGAUGUGUGAGCUCAGAGAGAGAGAUGCCCAAAUCCUUCGAGAGCGGAUGGAACUACUGCACCUCACCCAACAGAGGAACAAGGAGCUGGAAGAAUUUAUAGAAGCACAGAAACGACAGAUUAAAGAGCUGGAAGAGAAGUUCCUUUUCCUGUUUCUCUUCUUCUCUUUGGCCUUCAUCCUAUGGUCCUAACAGCAGCAGUGUGUGCAGACCACCACAGUCCAGCAGCUGAGUGGCCAGGUCAGCUCAGUCUGGAUCAGACCAGGAGGACCUGAAAGGAUUCCUGGAACCAGCAGCUCACCAACCGAGUGUCUAUGGGUUCUCUGUUGCCAGCCAAUCAGAGCAGAGCCCAGCUGUCAGCUGGCUCUCAUUCGUUCCUAGAAUGCCACUGUGCUGUCUCACAAUGACUGAUGGCUUCGUUUCAGCUCGCUGAUGUUCAGCUAAGUAAAAGAGUCUGGCCCCAACUGGUGUUGGACUCUUACUAGCUAAACUAGGUGACACCCUAUAUGAUCAGCUUAGGUCGCUGAUUUUGAAGUUGUCAGAUGGGGUUGGUUCAGUAACCUGUGACAGAGCUGAACCUGAGCUCAGCAGAGUUAGGCUGAAGAGCAAAGUCUCUAUAAGAACUAGACAUAAAAACAUCAGAAACCAGCCUGACAGAAGUUUAGUUCAAUAAUUCUUUGUUCUGAUUGGCUGUUCCACCUGAAGAGCAGACGGUGAAUUUAGCUCCUCCCGCUUUAUUCACAGAGCUAAGGUCACACCUGGUUUGUCUGCAACAGAAGAAGGACCUCCACAAUGUCAGGAGGUCUGUUAGGAGAUAAGAGUGAAGUGAAGUGGUCCAGGUAAACCAGGUUCAGGAGGUCCAGAUAGACCCGGUUCAGGAGGUCCAGAUAGACCAGGUUCUUGAGGUCCAAAUAAACCAGGUUCAUGAGGUCCAGAUAGACCAGAUUUACCGGGUCCACAUAAACCAGGUUCAUGAGGUCCAGAUAAACCAGGUUCAGGAGGUCCAGAUAGACCAGGUAUACCAGGUCCACACAAACCAGGUUCACUGGCUUCCGGUUAAAUACCGCAUCAAUUUCAAGAUACUUUUGUACACAUUCAAGGCUACCCAUCAUCUCUCACCUUCAUACCUCUCUGACCUGGUUCAAAUCACCAUUCCUUCUCCGUAUCUCAGAUCCUCCUCCUCUCUUUCUCUUUCCAUCCCUUCCCCCACGGCUAGCCACCGUGGGGCGCAGGGCUUUCUGUUGCUCUGCCCCCCGUCUUUGGAACUCCCUUCCUCUUGAGAUAAGAAACAUCACUUCCCUCCCUCUAUAUAAGUCCAGACUCAAAACUCACAUAUUCACAUUAGCCUAUUCCACAUAAAUCUUUCCAUCCUGCUACUUUAAUUUAUUUGAUCUAUUUGCUCAACGUUUUAUCAUUAUUAUUUUGUAAAUUGUUAUGUUUGUUGUUGUUAUUGCUUGUGUACAGUGUCCUUGAGUGUUUUGAAAGGCGCUUUCUUAAAUAAAAUGUAUUCAUUCAUUCAUUCAUUAUUCAUGAGGCCCAGAUAGACCAGGUUAACCAAGUCCACACAAACCAGGUUCAUGAGGCCCAGAUAAAUCAGGAUCAGGAGGUCAAGAUACACCAGGUUCAGGAGGUCCAGACAAACCAGGUUCAUGAGGUCCAGAUAAACCAGGUUCAUGAGGUCCAGAUAAACCAGGUUCACCAGGUCCACACAAACCAGGUUCAUGAGGUUCAGAUAAACAUGAGGUCCGACAAACCAGGUUCAGGAGGUCGAGAUAAAUCCGGUUCAGGAGGUCCAGAUAGACCAGGUUCACCGGGUCCAGACAAACUAGGUUCAUGAGGUCCAGGCACACAAGGCAAACUAGGUUCAUGAGGUCCAGGCACACAAGGCAAACUAGGUUCAGGAGGUCUAGAUUAACCAGUCUCACCGGGUCCAAACAAGCCAGGUUCAUAAGGUGCAGGCAAACCAGGUUCAUGAGGUCCAGAUAAAUCAGGUUCAGGAGGUCAAGAUAGACCAGGUUUACCGGGUCCAGACAAACCACGUUCAUGAGGUCCAGAGAAACCAGGUUCACCAGGUCCAGACAAACAAGGUUCAGACUGUGUUUAAUUUGAUGGAGAGAAGCACAGCAGUAGUCUCUGAUCUUGAGGUGCUAGAUAUCCUGGAUUUAGGUCCUGGGAAUGACUCCCAAUAUGUUUCUGUUCCAUAUCUAAAUAAUGUCACAGAACUAAAACUAAACUAUAUCACAAUAUAUAAUAUAUGAUUGAUUAGUAUUACAUGAAAUGAUGCACCUUUUCACUUUACACUGAAGUUACCUGAUAUUGUUAAAUAAAAAGUUUAAUUAUAAAAAAGCUAAAGACUUUGUAUUUUGGUUAAUACCUACAUUACAUUAAUAUUUUUAAAGCUUUUGUUUCUUUUGGGUUUCUGCCAGCAACCGUAUUUGACUUCAAGUUCUGCACUUUGUCUUUUUGACCAUUUACCAUUUCUCUGAGUUAUCCUCAGUGUUCAAAUGAAGCAGGAUCAGAAUCUGUUGUUUUAAAAGUUGCAUCCUGCUGUUGUACUUUUAUUAUUCCAGAUGAUAUUUUUCUAUCCCUGCUGUGAGUCUAAACACUGAACAUCUGAAGAGUUGGCGAUUAAAAAUGGAAA